AUGCUGAAAUCAAACAGAGCGAAUGAACCACAAAGUUUCGUGAAAGGAAAUGAUGCCAAAAAAUCAGAUUUGAUUGACCUGGAAGAGGUUGUCACCAACUGGGCCAAGACCAUGUUCGACGUCACGAAAUCGAAAGCCGAAGGAAAAAUCAAAAAGAAGUAUUUGUCGUACAACAUCAACUGGACAAAAUUGUUCCAAGAGUGCUCGGAGCCCACCUACACAAUUCUUGGAGCCAAGACCAACGUCGUUGACUCGAAACAAGACGAGAAGGUGAUCUUCAAGACAACCUUUACGAACACAACUCAAAGAGAACAGGAAUACUCGUUCAAGACGGAACGAGCCACCCGCAGUUCUUCAACUGUUAUCAUUGAAAAAGGAGUUUGCCGUGGAGCAGAAGUCUCUUUGAAACUGAAAACCCCGUGUGAAGUUGUCGAAGCAAAUGCUGGAUUCACGACGGAAGUCAUGUUGAAUCAUAUUGGAGAGAACACUUCUGAAGAGGAGUUGACAUGGGGAGUCGACAGUUGUGUCAGAGUUCCACCGAGUGCUGAAACUGUUGCAGAGCUUGUCAUCAUUGAGGACGUUGUAACCCGCGAAUUCCGUAUCGAGAACCGACUGAGCGGCAAAAUUUUAGUGACAAUAACCAACUUGAAAGAAAACAACUGCUUGGUAACAAUUCUCGAGGGAAAUAUUUGUGAUAUCAUCCGAGGAAUGCCAGAUUACACUGCCAAAGGAUUCCGAUUUGAUGGACCGGCAGCCGUCUAUGAGACUCGUGGCCAAUGCAUCUUCCGUUACGGUAUCGAGCAGAAAGUACGUAUCAACGAGUUCUCUCUCAACUCAUCUCGUCGAUAUUAA